AUGCGCAUCUAUGGCCUCGUCCUUCUGAUCCCCACCGCUCUUUUGGCCCGUGCCGACAACGACUUGGCACCCGCAAGCUUCAAUCUGACAACGCCCCACCCUCCGGCGGGUGCUCCGUCGUUAGACACCAACGACGACGACAAUUCUGCCACGACGCCGUCCACGAGUGAUGGUGGUCUAUCGGACACGGAUGAAAGGAUGUCGAUGGAUUUUGAGAAGUCGACCAUAUUUUCGGCACUUCCUCGGAUGGUCAAGAUGAAGCCGGAGAAAAGCAAGGAGGCUGCUCUUAGCGACUUAGUUCGGUCGUUUUACGAAGACCUUCCUCUUUACGAGCUCAGGGCUAAACUCGAUUCGAAAGAGUGGAAGAAGUUGUACAAGCGCUACAAAGGGUCUGAGACGCCGCUGAUCAAAGAACUUACCGGACACCUCCGUGUCCAACGUGUGGCACAGGUGCUUCAGAAGGGAUUCGCGGGCAAGGCGCCGCGAGACUGGCUUGGCAGAAGACGUCCAACUCUCGAGCAAAAGCUGGCAAGGGACCAGAUGGAAAGCUGGAAAAAGAGUGGCAAAUCCCUCGACGAACUUUUCGGCGACCUUAACAUCGUCGGCAAGAAUACACGCGAUGACGGACUUGCUAAAACCCUUUUUUGGUCUGAAGAUGUAGACAAUUGGAAAGUGAAGGUGGUGGAAGCCUACAGCAAGUACUUCUAUACCAACGAAAAAGAAGCCGAGAAAGCCUAUCUUAAUGCUCUUCGGAAAGGCGUUGGCGGGGACAAAGCGUUCUUUACGAUGUUGCAAUUUUGUAAACCUCAUACGAAUUUCGCUGUACAAGCGAACAAGCUGGAGGAUAUCUAUCUACGAACGUGUAUUGAGGAUGAAAUCAGCCCCGUUGACGUUUUCAAAACGCUACGACUGGAUCAACCGGGUACGGUGCUGUUUGACGAGACGGGCUUGAGUAAAAUGGAGAACUACGUUCAGCAGUUUAAUGAUCGUUGCAAGGACGAGCAUACGACUGUAUUUGCGGUACUAGACAAGGCGAUGGGGGAAAAACUUCCUUCUGCACUCGCAGAGGCGCACAAGAUCAUCCCUCAGUCGCCGAAACUUCACUUGUAUGCGGACGAGUUUGUCAAGUCAAGGAACUUCGGACAGACGGCUUCCUCCAAAGAAGCUUUGUUCUCAUUUAUAGCAAAGCUCGACGGGACGUGA